UAUACAGGUGCAUCGUAGCAUUUUCUAUAGUGACAAACACGAGGGUGAUCCUGAAUGUGAACAACGACAAGAAUUCCGAGGCCAACUCAUUGCGUUUUAUACAUGGCAUCCGCUUCCUGAGCAUCUUCUGGAUUUGCCUCGGACAUUCCUACGCAACAAUCGCCGAAAACAUCACGAGAGUGAUUAACGCCGUACACUACUUCGAACACUGGGAGACCAUGAUCGUUACCGCAGGCUUCUUCGCUGUGGACACAUUCUUCUUCUUCAGCGGAUUUUUGCUGUACUAUACGCUUGUGAAGCAAACUCGCAAUCGCCUCAUUGUAGCUGUGGUGGCAAUCAUCAGACGAUUCAUUAGGGCAACCGUCCCACUGUUCUUCAUGAUCAUGUGCAUGUACCUGCUGCCACUCAUAGCAUCAGGACCGAACUCCAAGGAAUUCUACAACAGGUUCUACAGCGAAAUUCAUAAACAUUGGUGGGAUCUGCUUCUUCAGGUUCGCAAUUGGAGAGGGGACCAAGAAAUAGUAACCUUGGUGCAAGUGUGGUACCUCUCAGCAGACUUUCAGUUGUUUCUGGUCAGCGUAAUUGUGAUCCAGAUGUUUAAGACGUAG